UAAUGCUCUGUCCCCAUGGCCCCCCAUGUUAAUGCUCUGACGCCUCUCCUCCCCGUGCCUGCUGCAUGUUUAGCUGUAGAAGAGGAGGUAGUAGAGGAAGUAGAAGUGGCCCCUGAGGCGGCCCCUGAGGCCGAGGCAGAGCCAGAGCCAGAACCAGAGCCAGAACCAGAGCCAGAGCCAGAACCUGAACCAGAGGUAGAACCCGAGCCAGAACCAGAGCCCGAGCCUGAGCCUGAGCCCGAGCCUGAAGAGGCCCUUGAAGAGGAAGAGGAGAAGCCAAAGUUCAAGCCUAGCGCUCCCAAAAUCCCAGAUGGUGAGAAAGUGGACUUUGAUGACAUCCAGAAGAAACGUCAGAACAAGGAUCUGAUUGAGCUGCAGGCCCUUAUCGACCAGCACUUUGAAUGCAGGAAGAAGGAAGAGGAGGAGCUCAUCGCCCUCAAGGAGAGAAUCGAGAAGCGUCGUGCUGAGAGGGCUGAGCAGCAGAGGAUCCGUGCUGAGAAGGAGAAGGAGCGCCAGGCCAGACGUGAGGAGGAGAGGCGGGUCAGAGAGGAGGCUGACGCCAAGAAGAAGGCAGAUGAAGAGGCCAAGAAGAAGUCUGCUCUGUCCAACAUGGGCUCCAACUACAGCAGCCAUCUGCAGAGAGCUGACCAGAAGAGAGGAGGCAAGAAAGAGACUGAGAGAGAGAAGAAGAAGAAGAUCCUGGCCGCCAGACGCAAGGCCCUCAACAUUGACCACCUGAACGAGGACAAACUGAAGGACAAGAUCAAUGAGCUGUAUGACUGGAUGCGUCAGCUGGAGUCCGAGAAGUUCGACCACAUGGAGAGACUGAAGAGGCAGAAAUAUGAGGUUACAACCCUGCGUAAGAGAGUGGAGGAGCUCAGUAAAUUCAGCAAGAAGGGAGCUGCUGCCCGCCGCAGAAAGUAAACAGGAAGUCCCCUCUCAUCUUCAGAAACCAAACGCGAUCAUCUUGAACACACGCCUGAUAAAGCACCGCAUACAGUGGCGAAGGUCGAAGCGCCGAAGAAGCCCGUAGAGCUGAGGUUCACCCUGCAAACUCCAGUCCACUCCCAACACACAUGCCAACAGAGCAUUUAGCUGCUAAUGUUACUAAUGUUGUUGUAGGGAAUGUUGUUGUCUCGCUUCCUCGCCUCGACUGUUUGGUUCUCAGUAUUUUUGUAAAUAAAGUGUGACUCUUCAAGCCA